CUAUUGUAGGAUAAAUGCAACACGAGCUCAACUGUGACUGAUCUGACCGUUACUGAUAGGACACGAGAAGGAUGGCAGGAUUGUGGUUCGAUGUUUGACAAUGUGAAGAGGAUCACCAUACAGGUACGGGGCAUGAUCAGAUGUGACGUCAUCGAGAGGAUCCAUCUACCAGCAGCGACAGAGCUCACCAUUCAAACAUAUGAGUAUGCUAGGGAACCGGCUUCUCUCCACGAUGAUCCAACUUUACUCCCCAGUGCUAUUCACAAGGUCUCACCUCAGCUUGUCAAGGUCACAUUCACAGAUCUCAACAUCGGUAACAGUGAGAUUAGAGACAUCAUUCAAUCUUUUAGAUCAUCGGAGGACCUCAAACAUCUGAAGAUCCUAAGAUUCAUAAGAUGUGGGACCGAUGAGAGUUUAUAUUCUUCUUGUAUUGACUCCAAUGGUGAACACAAGAUACAGGUGGAGAUAGAACUUGACAAACCAGAGGGGUAA